AUGUCCAGGCUAACCGAUCAGUUUUCGCUCCAAGGUCGAACUGCGCUAGUAACAGGGGGAGCCCGAGGUUGCGGACUCGCCUUUGCGCGUGGACUGGCUGAGGCAGGGGCAAAUGUAGCCGUCUUCGAUGUCGUAGAUCCAGACACUGCGUUCUAUACCAUUGAGAAGGAGUAUAAUGUUCGCACAGCGUAUUACAGAGUCGAUGUUUCGUCGCAGGAAUCGCUUGAGAGUGGCUUCUCGCAGUUUCAGAAGGACUUCAACAAUGCUCUCGAUAUCUGUGUCCCAUGCGCUGGAAUCAACCGCCAUCUACCCUUCCUGGAGUUUACCUACAAAGACCACCACGAUCUGGUCUCGAUUAAUGUACUUGGUCUAUAUUUUACUGCCCAACUGGCGGCAAAACAGAUGAUUGCGAACGGGACAAAACAUGGGAGCAUCGUUCUUGUAGCUAGUAUGGCUAGUCACAUUGCAGUGCGAAGCCAAUUGUGCAGCGCAUACUGCGGAACCAAAGGAGCAGUUCGAGCGAUGUGCCCAGCCAUUGCAAAAGAGUUGGCCGAAUACGAUAUCCGAGUAAACUCCAUAUCUCCUGGGUACGUGCGAACAGAGAUGACUGCAGCUUUCCCCCAUCUUGUUCAAGGUUGGGAGUCGGAAGCCAUGAAUGGGCGGAUUGCCGAGCCUGAGGAUAUCAUGGGGGCGUGUGUUUUCCUAGCGAGCGACGCCAGUGCGUACAUGACGGGGCAGGAUAUCAUUGUAGAUGGGGGAGUGACCCGAUGGUAG